AAUACCUGAUAACUGCAACGAUUUACCUGUCCACGCAACAUGGGCAGCCGGGACCACCUGUUCGCCGCCGCAGCGCUCCUCCUCCUCCCUCUCUUCUCAUCCAAUCCCGACGAUGAGCGCUGCCUCACCCACCUAAGCCAAUCCCUCUCCGACCCCCUAAAAAGCCUCCACAACUGGAGCGCCACCACCUUCACAUCCCCCUGCGACGGCUCCACCUCGUUCCUCAGCGGCGCCACCUGCAACAACGGCCGCAUCUCCAACCUCUUCCUCUCCAACCUCUCUCUAACAGGCUCCAUCCCCCCUCACCUCUCCAACUGCACCGCCCUGCAAUCCCUCGACCUCUCCUCCAACGCCCUCUCGGGUCCCAUCCCGCCCGACCUCGGGAGCCUCCUCUAUCUCGCGGCGCUCAAUCUCUCCUCCAACGCCUUCUCCGGCCCGAUCCCGGCGCAGCUCGGCCUGCUGGUCCGGCUCUCGGCUUUUGACGUCUCGGGUAACCGGCUAUCCGGUCCGGUUCCUGCUUCACUGGGGAACCGGACCGGGAACCUGGCCCGGUUCAAUGCGAGCUCUUUUGAUGGGAACAAGGGUCUUUACGGCUAUCCCCUGCCGCUGCCAAACAAGUCCGGGUUUCCGGGCUUGGCAAUCGUCGGAAUCGGGCUCGGAAGCGGGCUGGUGAGCUUGAUGCUUAGCUUUAUUGUGGUUUGUGUUUGGUUGAGAGUUACGGAGCAGAGAUCCGAGAAUGAUGAAGUCAAGAUUACUCAGCUCAUGCCGGAUUAUUAGUUUUUAUUUCUGCUUUCUUUAUUUUACCGAUCGUUAGUAGAAUUAUUAUUUUUAUUAUUUUAA